GGAGCGGGCGCCGCGGGGCCGCGCUUCCGUCGCGGCGGCUGUGACGCGUGCGGUGGGCGCCGGGCUGUCCGGCGGGCGGGCGGGCGGUGGGAGAUGGCGGAGUACCUGGCCUCCAUCUUCGGCACCGAGAAGGACAAAGUCAACUGUUCAUUUUAUUUCAAAAUUGGAGCUUGUCGUCAUGGAGACAGAUGUUCUCGGUUGCACAACAAACCAACAUUUAGCCAGGAAGCGAUGCUGUUGUAAGCUUGCCUGUAGUAGAGACCAACCAGUGCUAACUUUCAGACAACUUGAUUUUAAGAAGAACGGUACAAAUACCAUCUUGAUUCAAAACAUCUAUCGUAACCCCCAAAACAGUGCACAGACGGCUGACGGCUCACACUGUGCUGUGAGCGAUGUUGAGAUGCAGGAACAUUAUGAUGAAUUCUUUGAGGAGGUCUUCACAGAAAUGGAAGAAAAAUACGGCGAGGUUGAAGAGAUGAACGUUUGUGAUAACCUUGGAGACCAUCUAGUUGGAAACGUAUACGUAAAGUUUCGCCGUGAAGAAGAUGCCGAAAAGGCUGUGAUUGACCUGAACAAUCGCUGGUUUAAUGGACAGCCCAUUCAUGCUGAGCUUUCACCUGUGACCGACUUCAGAGAGGCCUGUUGCCGUCAAUAUGAAAUGGGGGAGUGUACACGAGGAGGUUUUUGCAACUUCAUGCAUUUGAAGCCCAUUUCUCGAGAGUUGAGACGCGAGUUGUAUGGGCGUCGUCGUAAAAAUGAAGGGCAUCAAGUGACCAACUUAGAACAAAGGAAUGAGUCUGUAAAACAACUGAAGUUAUGGUUCUAUCGGGCUUAUCUGUGGAUGAAUUCAGGACCUGGUGUGUUUUUACUAUUUCUCCUACUCUGAUUUAAGAGUUAAUGCCUGGCUUUUCUAGCCAAUAUUUGUUUCUGAGUAACAGGAGGUUAAUAUUAAUAGCACCUUACAUAUUUAUUAAGGCACCAUGUAGAAAAGCUUAUACCACUGCUGUUACUGUGACAUCUUUUUUAUGGAUGGCUCACUUUGAGCUGGAUUGAAACUCCUUAUUUUUUGGAAUUUGUUGUUUAGAUUAAGCAAAUAAAAUUGUUGGGUUUGCUUUUAGGUAGAGCACAACUUUGCCUUUCAAUCACAGAGGGAGCUUGGGAUUAUGAAAAUGUUUUUUCAUAUGAAUGUCUCUAAUUGGCAGUAUCUUAGAAUCUGUGAGGACAAAUUUAACUUUGGAAAUUCAGAUUAAAUUGCUUAGGCACAUGUAUUUGUGCCUAAAUACUUUCCUGAAAUACCACAAUGUAAUACUGAUUUAAGUAUAAAUGUAAGCUCUUAGGGUGCUUGAAUGACUCUGGGGGGAGAGAGACAAAAUAUGCUUAUCUUAACAUUUUGGUCACUCUUAAGAAUCUGAAUCUAGAUCUCUGUGAGUUAGUAAGGCAUUAGUGCAUCAAUCUUUUAUUGCAAGAAAGACCAGACUUGCAUGUUUGGCUUUGGAAUAUGAUUGUUUUACCCGUAGCCCAAUUUCAAUCUGUGGUAAAACAAAUACAAUACUUGAGUCCUCCAUGCAGUUUGGUCUUUAUUGGCCCUGUUUAAAUUCUUUAUGAAGCUGAAAGUGUCACAUGCUAUCAGUAAAAGUUUGAUAUUAAAAAAAAAAAGUUCUUGCAUCAGUUGGGCUUUGCAGGUAGAUUAUAUAGACUAAAAUGGCCUGAAAACAAUGCUACACGGAAUGACAGGCAUCAAAGUUUCAAGUAGAAAAAGGAAUGGUAUACUGG